AUGCGACUUCUUCUCCGUUCCCCGCUUACUCGGCGGACACAGUAUCGACGCGUUAUUCAUCCAGCAAUCCGCAACAUGAGCACCCCGCCCACUACUGAAGUACUAUAUGCGCUGACCGUGGCUAACUCCCCGGCUAGACCUAGCCCAGAAGAUGUCUUGCAGAAAAGUCAUCAUGCACAGAGUGGAUUCAGAAACCCGUGGGAAUCUUUUCGCGAUCUGGAGUCGAAAGAUAUAAUGCAAAUGAUGAUCUUUCGUCGACUGAACGGCAAAGCGAAUACACCCGAUACCACGCCGCCAACGGUCACCAUUCGCAAGCCCAAAUUUCUUCCCAGCCGAGAUACCCCCAAGCUGCGCGCAACAUGGCUUGGACAUGCAUGCUAUUAUGUGGAGUUCCCAAGCGGUCUCCGAGUACUAUUUGAUCCAGUGUUUGAGGCACGUUGUGGGCCGUGCUGCGGACCGUAUCAACUCGGCCCGAAGCGCUAUACUGAGCCUCCAUGUCAGAUCAAGGAUAUCCCUGUCAUCGACGCGGUGGUCAUUUCCCACAACCACUACGAUCAUCUGUCUUACCCAACUGUCUCGGAGAUCGCGAAACGGCAUCCCAAUUGCCAUUUCUUUGCGCCGCUAGGUAACAAGUCUUGGUUCCACAGUUCAGGCAUUAAAAAUGUAACCGAGAUGGAUUGGUGGGAUGAGCGUGAUAUUGAAUUGUCACCCAAGGAGGGAAAGGGUCCGCAGGUUGAACCAGUUGGCGAAGCUUCCGUCACAGCAGAGAUCAAAGCGCGCAUCAGUUGCCUGCCUUGUCAGCAUAUUACUGCCCGCGGUCCUUUCGACAAAUACAAGACACUAUGGGCAUCCUGGGCCAUUGAGUCUGGUGGUAGUAAGGUUUAUUUCGCUGGUGAUUCCGGAUACAGAGCAGUGGACGAACUACCAGAAGGGGAAGAUGACUGGGACCCUAAGUACAAUUUCCCUAUUUGUCCUGCCUUCGAGCAGGUAGGUGAGUUCCGGGGACCAUUUGAUCUUGGCUUGAUUCCGAUUGGCGCAUAUGCUCCCCGUCAUAUCUUCAGUCCAGCACACUCUGAUCCUCAUGACGCGGUUCACAUUUUCAAAGACACUAAGUGCAAAAAGGCCUUGGGAAUGCAUUGGGGCACUUGGGUACUUACUGAGGAAGAUGUGCUUGAGCCUCCCAGGAAGCUCAAGGAAGCGUUGAAAAAGCACGAUCUCGCCGAGACUGGUGUUUUUGAUGUGUGUGAUAUUGGGGAGAGCCGGGAGUUCUGA